CAAUAUGCGACUCGGUGCAGUGGUGGUAACGUAGCCACCAGAAAGAUGUAAACGACGAACGAGAUUAAAAUCACUCACAACAAGAACAUAGGACUCAUAAUAGCAAUAACUGAGUCCCCUUUUAAAUACCACGGCGCUAGAAAAACUGUCUGGUCGCAUUCAAAUACGACCAGGAGUGGGCUAGUGGCGCGGACCUGUUCCUAGCAGCCAUCUUUUGUGAGAAUGGACGGGACGAUACGACUGCGGGCCUGUUGUGGCUUUGAUGCUGGCCACAGCCUGAGUUUUAAACGCGAAUUGUUGGAGGUUGGUGGCCGAGGCGCGAUGCUCCAAACACUGCUACUGUUCUCAGCGUUCGGGCUGGUCCUUGGACUGCCCGCUAUCACCGAGGCGAAAGAAUGCGACAAACCGUGCAUGAAUGGGCAGUGCAACCCGGCUACCGGCAACUGUGUGUGCGCCCCAGGCUGGGUCGGGGACCAAUGCCAACACUGCGGUGGACGGUUCAGGCUGACGGGUCCUUCGGGGUUCCUGACUGACGGACCAGGGAACUACAAGUACAAGACCAAGUGCACCUGGCUGAUCGAGGGAACGACCAACUCCAUUCUCAGACUGCGGUUCGACCACUUUGCCACAGAGUGCAGCUGGGACCAUCUGUAUGUGUAUGACGGAGACUCCAUCUACGCGCCGCUCCUGGCAGCGUUCAGUGGGCUGAUAGUUCCUGAACGCUAUGGCAACGAGUCUGUUCCAGAGGUGGUGUCACAGUCUGGUUACGCCCUCCUGCACUUCUUCAGUGAUGCCGCUUAUAACCUGACUGGCUUCAACAUCUCAUACAGGGUUAACACGUGUCCCAACAACUGCUCCGGCCAAGGGAAGUGUGUGGCCGGGAACUCCACGAGGUCUGUGUACUGUGAAUGUGCAGCCAACUGGAAAGGCGAGGCCUGUGAUAUUCCCUACUGCCUGUCAGACUGUGGUUGGCCUGAGAGGGGGCGUUGCCGUCGCACCACCAAGACCUGUGACUGCCAGCCUGGAUGGCAAGGUCCAGACUGCUUGGUGUCGGUCCCAGCUAACUCGUCGUUCUGGCAGCGUGAGGAGUUCUCUAAUCCGGGUCUGGCCCGGGCAUCCCACAAGGCCAUAGUGGACCAGGGGAUAAUGUGGGUCAUCGGGGGUUAUGUCUUCAACUCCUCUGACUACCAGAUGGUUCAAGCGUACAACCUGAGCUCCAGACGCUGGCUGUCGCUCAACCCCUCGGUUAACUCUGUCACGGCACGAUAUGGACACUCUCUGGCUCUUCACCAGGGCAAGAUCUACAUGUACGGAGGGAAGAUGGAUGCCACUGGCAACGUGACCAGUCAGCUGUGGGUGUUUGACAUUCAGAACCAGACCUGGGUGUCCCUGUCCCCGCGUACCCAGGAACAGUGGGCUGUGGUGGGGCACUCUGCCCACAUCGUGCCCCCCCUGCUGGAAGGUGGUAGUCCGGUCAUGUUAGUGUUGUUCGGACACUGCCCACUGUAUGGCUACAUCAGCCAGGUCCAGGAGUACAACAUUGCCAAGAACACGUGGGGCGCCGUGGUGACCGACGGGGCGCUGGUGCAGGGAGGCUACGGCCACAGCAGUGUGUUUGACUCCUCCUCCAGAGCCGUCUACAUCCACGGAGGUUACAAGGCCGUCAACGCCAACAAGUACGGCCUGUCUGGAGACCUGUACAGAUACGACGUGGACCGCAGUCGGUGGACAAUUCUAAAGGACAGCGGGUUCUUCAGGUAUCUCCACACGGCGGUUAUCAUCAGUGGAACCAUGCUGGUGUUUGGAGGGAACACACACAACGACACGUCCAUGAGCUAUGGAGCCAAGUGCUUCUCCUCCGACUUCAUGGCCUACGACUUGGCCUGUGAUGAGUGGUCAGUGCUGCCCAAACCAGACCUUCACCACGAUGUCAACCGCUUCGGGCACACAGCCGUUCACAGUGACAGUGUAAUGUAUGUGUUCGGAGGUUUCAACAGCCUCUUGCUGAGUGAUGUUCUGGUGUACACGCCAGCCAGCUGCUCCAGUGCUUCCACCCCUUCCACCUGCACAGCAUCCUGGCCAGGGGUUCACUGUCUCUGGGACGACUCUCUGGGGACCUGCGUCCCCUGGGACUUCAGACCCGGGCCCCUGGAUGAGCAGACGGCCUUGGCCUCCUGUGGACCCAGAACGUAUUCCGACAGCGAACAGUGCGACCAGUAUGCAGACUGCUACAGCUGUACCGCCAACACCAACGGCUGUCAGUGGUGUGCCGUUCGGUGUGUCUCUGUGAACUCCAACUGUACUGCUGCCACGGGAGCCAUAGUGGAGUAUGACGUGUGUCCUAAAGACAACCCCUCCUAUGUCUGCAACAAGAAGACCAGCUGUAAGAGCUGUGGGGCGGACCCGAACUGUCAAUGGGAGCCACGAAACACUGAGUGCAUCUCUCUGCCUGAGAACAUCUGUGGUGAGAGUUGGCACCUAGUUGGCAACUCAUGUCUGAAGUUCAUCACAGCGAAGGACUCGUACGACAACGCCAAGCUGACCUGUCGGGGUCACAAUGCUGUCCUGGCAUCAUUGACCAGUCAAAAGAAGGUGGACUUUGUCCUCAAGGAGCUGCAGAUCAUGAGUGUGCUGUACAAGGCCUCUGUGACACCAUGGGUGGGCCUCAGGAAGAUUAACGUCUCCUAUUGGUGCUGGGAAGACAUGUCACCGUUCACUAACACCUCCCUCCAGUGGUUGCCGGGGGAACCUAGCGACGCCGGUUUCUGCGGUUACCUGGCAGAACCGGCCUCCAGUGGACUGAAAGCCCAGACCUGCAUCAACCCUGUUAAUGGAUCGCUGUGCGAACGAGCAGCCAAUCACAGCGCCAAGCAGUGUCGGACGUCGUGCGCCAUGCGGGCCACCUGCAAUGAGUGUACCAGCAGCAGCUCUGAGUGCAUGUGGUGCAGCAACAUGAGACAGUGUGUGGACUCCAGUGCCUACGUGGCCUCCUUCCCCUUCGGACAGUGUAUGGAGUGGUACACCUUGAACAGCUGCCCACCUGAAAACUGUUCCGGGUACAGGACGUGUGGCCAGUGUCUGGAUCAGCCAGCCUGUGGUUGGUGUACAGACCCCAGUAAUACUGGGCGUGGCCAGUGCAUUGAGGGGUCCUAUCGGGGACCGUUUCAGACAACAGUUCCGGCACCUUCGACUCUCCUUGGUCCUGCCUCUAGUCCCGCCUCCCAGCCAGCCCUUAAUGUCAGCAUGUGUCCCUAUGACACCAAUUACAACUGGAGCUUUAUACACUGUCCAGCGUGCCAGUGUAACGGACACAGUCAGUGCGUGAACCAGAGUGUGUGUGAGAGGUGUGAGGACCUGACCACGGGACGACACUGUGAGAGCUGCGUCUCUGGUUACUACGGUGACCCCAACAACGGGGGCAGCUGCCAACCGUGUAAGUGUAACGGCCAUGCCAGCAUUUGUAACACCAACAACGGAAAGUGUUUCUGCACGACCAAGGGCAUCAAAGGAGACCGUUGCCACCUGUGCGAAGUGGAGAACCGUUACCAAGGCAACCCUCUGAAAGGAACUUGUUACUACACCUUGCUGAUUGACUAUCAGUUUACCUUCAGUCUCUCCCAAGAAGAUGACCGAUACUACACCGCCAUCAACUUUGUAGCUACGCCAGAGGAGCAGAAUCGUGAUCUAGUUGUUUUCAUAAAUGCCUCAAAGAACUUCAACCUCAACAUCACCUGGGCGGCCAGCUUCACAGGUACUCAGACCGGGGAGGAGAUCCCGAUUGUCUCCAGGAGUAGCAUUAAGGAGUUUAAGGACAGUUUCUCCAACGAGAACUUUGACUUCCGCAACAACCCCAACAUCACCUUCUUUGUCUAUGUCAGCAACUUCACCUGGCCCAUUAAAAUACAGAUUGCAUUCUCUCAACACAGUAACUUCAUGGAUCUGGUGCAGUUCUUCGUCACGUUCUUCAGCUGCUUCUUGUCCCUCCUCCUGGUGGCGGCAGUCGUCUGGAAGAUAAAACAGAGUUGCUGGGCAUCACGGCGACGAGAGACAUGCUGUCUCACCUCUCCGAAUCAGACAUGCUGUCUCACCUCUCUGAACCGGACAGGCUGUCUCACCUCUCUGAACCGGACAGGCUGUCUCACCUCUCUGAACCGGGCAGGCUGUCUCACCUCUCUGAACCGGGCAGGCUGUCUCACCUCUCUGAUCCAGACAAGCAGUAUAUCUUCAUACCAUAUGAUGUAUUUACUUUGAAUGUGGGGUUUUGAGGCUAAUCCAUAGCCCAGCCUUUGCAAGUGAGAAUGCAGGAAAACAUUCACGUCUGUACAAUUAAUGUAAUUGAAUAGAGGCAAAAAUGUGCCUUUAUAACUUCAGUAGGCCUAUACAAAAGAACAUCAAAGACAAAAUUAACGAUAGGUUAAAAAAAAAAAAAAGGAAAUAUUUUAUUCAUUUCGUAAAGAAUUAACACAUGGUGCUGACUUGGCUGUGGAUUGAUGGUUCAGCAUUGUAUGGACGAAGGGUUUGGUGUUCUGGGUGUUCAGGUAGCCCUGAGCGAAAGCUAGGCCAGCAUUAUCCACUCUUAUAGCACGGCUGAAGCCUGAUCUGGAACAUGUGGCUAACUGAAGCUAAUUAAAAUAAGCAGACAAUAUCCAUAUAGUCUCUGAAUCCCUCUUCAAACCCCCCCCAUCUCCCUUCUGCCCCUCCUUUAUCCCUGUUCCUCCUCUAUCCCUCCACCUACUUCGUCCACCCUGUCUCCUCCUUGUCAAUCCCUCCACCUCCUCCAUUUGUUCUCACAAUGCACCCCCCCCCCCCUCUAUCGACUGCCAGUCUGCCUGUCUCUCCGCCUGCCUGUCUAUCUGUGUGGUGGUAUGUUAUUGUAAUCACAGUUCAAAACCCCAAUGUUAAUAUGUUGUUCAGUGUCUGCCGGUCAGAUGAUGUCAUCCCGUUCAUGUUAUUUCUCCUGAGAUUAAACCAUUUCAUUCCCUCGCUGGUUUACCCCUGAAGGCUUCAUUCACACAUUUUGAUUGAUUAUACAGCUGUUUCCUGAAUGGCACUCUGACCCCUCUGUAGCGCACCAUUUCAGGCCAGGAUAGUGUGUUAGUGGCCUGUGUGCCUUGUACCAUGCAUUGAUUCAUCCUGUCACAUUCACCACCUUACCUGUCUCCCUCCCUUCAUCCAAAAAAACACCAUCAAUACAAUAUGCAUUAUUUUUCGGAGGUGCUUAUAUUCAUUGUAAAUGGACGGUAAAAUGAACAACGUUCAAACUGUUUUUAUGCCGUCACAGCUGCGGAAUUGUGCUCGGAUACACAAUUCAUCCUGUGGGUGUACAUUUCCCAGGUAGCAGAAGG